AUGUCUUCAUAUAAGGAGUCCAUCUUGGAGCUAAUGUAUUUAUGCUCCAAGCUGUCCAAUCCGGUGGAUCGUGUUCGAGUUACCGAAUGGAUCAGGAAGCUAUCCGAAACGGCGGCCGAACAAACUGCUCAUCCAAGACUGAUUCAGGAAUAUCUGGAUUAUUUGAAGUUGAUGUGCCAAUCGGUGCCGAUCUAUUUUGUGGAACCCUUCAAGAGUCAACCUCCGAAAAAACCGUUGGUUCCGCUGGCUGAAGCUCUCGGGGAUGCUUUGGCUGCGAGAUGUCCAUAUCUUCCAAAAUCAGGCCCAGCAGCACCAAUGGUGUUGCACAGAUCCGGGGAUGACACAGCGUCGAUGUCGGUUCACAAAGAUGCCAACGGGGAGAUUUUCUGCUACAUGUCCAUCGUUCCAAGGGACGUUUAAAGUGAUCACUUUAAUGUUAC